UUAUCUUACAAUAAAUUACAAAUAGACUAUUUAAAAACUAAACGUAAAAUUUGUUACAACCGUUACUAACGAAAUCCUUAGCAUUUCUACUUUCAUCAUCAACAAUGUUUUUUCAUGCAUGAGCCACAACCCCACUUCUUUAUGCUCUGCUAAUUGUUGUUUCCUUCCUGUCUGAUUUGAAUCCAUAUUUGUUCUUUUAUACUGCACUCUGUUGGGAUUCUGUACACGUACCAGCAAGUAGUGUGUCUAUGACUAAUGAAAGAAAAUUGGUGGCAAUGAUAAAAAUGGUUCUAUUGUUUCAAAGCAGCAUGUGUUGUGAGAUAGGUGGUUAAGUGCAUACAUUUAAAAGAUUAUGGCGGUUUUGUCCCUUCUUGGAAGCAAAGCCAUUUUGGCCGUUUGCAAUUUUUUACUUCUGGCUUGUGGAUUUUUUUUAAUAACCGGAGGUAUGCUGUUACUCUUGGACAAUGAAAAAAUCCUCUUGUCGCGAUUAUUGACGUCUGGACCAUUGUCGACAAUGCCUCAACCGUUUUUAUUUUAUAUUGGAAUCGGUAUAGCAUCUGUAGGACUUAUAUUGACAUCAACAGGAAUUUUGGGAUGUUGGGCUUCCUGCAUGCAUAGUUACUACAUGCUUACAGCUUAUUUUUUAAUAAUAAUGGUUGUACUGGUGGGGGAAUGUGCUGUGUAUGCCACAGCCUGGGCCUGGCCAAAUUGUCUUGGUCUUGAUGUAGAUCCAGAAGCUUUGACUAAGGCACUACAACGAAAUUAUGGAAAUGCGGGACAAGAACAAUUUACGGCAGCCAUCGAUUUAGCACAAACUUUGUUCAAUUGUUGUGGAGUUGAAUCGGCCAACGAAUAUGAUACCUCACUAUGGCGUCUUCAGCCGUUAAGUCCUUCAUUGGCUAUUCCGUUGACAUGCUGCAAGUUAGAGAACUACAAUGCAUCUAAAGCAUAUCUAAAUCCCCAACCUAUCAAUAAAACUUUGUGCCAAGCUCUUGAACCAAACAGACAUGAAGGCUACAGACAUCUAGAGGGCUGUAACGACCACCUUCAACAAUGGUACAGAAGACACUUUCUUCUAUUUUUGGGAACGGGAUUGGCAGCAGUUUUGGUAGAAUUUUUAGUUUUGCUUAGCACAAUUUUAAUGUGUACGAGAAUUUAUAAACACAACCUAGAAGUGAAAGAAAAUGUGAGAAACAGUACGCAGUCCAAAACUGUUUCUACUCCUGCACAGACUUUCCAGAGAAGAACUCCAACCACUGCUUACACUAACGAAACAUACGCGAUGAGUAAUAGUUUUCGACAGAAUUAUAAACUUGUUGACAGAAUAUGAUGGUGGUUUAAAGGCUUUGUUUUACCAAACAAUGCCUGUGUUUACGAAUUGCGAAAUGUUGAAAUUGAGUCAAUGUUGUGGUAAAGUUAGAAAUGUAAUGUAUUUAUACGAACUGUAUUACUGUCUCUCGAUAUUUAUUAUAGUUUAGUUUAGCAACUUAUGUAGCAACUUGUAAAUAUAUUUUUAAAUUUAU